AUGCGGCCUUGUCACCAUCUCCCGGAAGACUCUUUCUAUAGCGUUCCAAACGGGACGGGUGGAACGAUGGAAGGAUACAUCGCCAUGCCGUCGCCGUACCAAAGCUUGUCUGAUCAAUGUAAAGCUCCAAAGGGGUGGAAAGAGAGAGGGGGAGAGGGAUCUUUAAAGGCUUCAAACGGAAUUCCGGAUCACAGCCACGACGAAAGUGACACCUACACGCCAACGGAAACUAGCGGUGGAGGUGAGCGGUUGGAAAUUUUCGGCUUUGUGAAUGAUCUAGUCAAAGCUAAUGUUUGUCAAUGGGUUGGGAAGCAGCUCUGCGAAGUUGGAUAUCUCAAGCAGGAAUGUCAACUUCAUUAUACAAUAGAGGUGCGUCAGAUAUCGGUGCUGUCGUCUAAGUAG